ACGCUGCGUUAUCGGAUAAACUAUUUGUUUGAUUCGCAAGUGCAUAGGAACCCGGUUUACGCGAAAACGGUUCGUUCCGAUUUAAUUAGUCGAAGUGCAUCGCGUGUCGCAACGGUCAAGCGAAAAGUCGGUGUUGACAUCUCUUAAUACAAUAAUUAAUAGAAGUGUGAACAGUGUAUGACAGCCGUUUAUCAGUCGCCGGCUAACUACGUAAAUACAUAGUGUACGUAGGAGUGCAUCGUGGCCAGAUAAAGGAUUUGCAGUAUGUUUAUGCGUUGGGGAGACGAGGCGGGCGGGGAGCCGGCAGUGCGCGCGCGAGUUGCCCGCGAUGCACGCGUGCCGCCCGCCGCUGCGUAGUAUUCCUUGCACCACGAGGGCCACACCAUGGCCGAGUGGGCUCUCAGUCGCGAGUGGCCCGGUCGGUCCUGCCAGCCUCCGUUCCAGGGCUACGACUACUUCCAGCAGCCCCCGCCGCAGCCGUUCGAGUCGCAAGCGCAGGCGUUCGCCCCGGUGCAGCACUCCGGCCAGCUGCCGGGCUUCAUCGCGCCCGGCAUGCUGCCGGUCCAGCCCAGAGGGGAAAACCCACGGGAGAUCCGCAACAGGGCCGAAAAGCAGCGCCGCGACAAACUCAACCAGAGCAUCUACGAGCUCGCCUCGAUGGUGCCGCCCGUAGUGGCUUCAAGCCGCAAGAUCGACAAGACCGGGGUGCUGCGCCUCACUGCGCACUUCUUGAGAUCUCAUCAGUACGUAUUCGGUGAGACGAUUGGUCGUGCGCCCACCGAGAUCAACAGCGCAUCUGCCCAAGCGCUGUUGCAGUUUUUCAACGGCUUCUUACUCACUACCACAUACAAGGGAAUCGUAGUAGUCGUGUCCCAAAAUGUGCAGCAGUAUCUUGGAUAUACUGAGUUGGAACUCCUCGGCCAGAACUUAUUCACAAUUACUCACAAGGACGACCACAAGACACUUCUCUACCAAUUAAAGCCCAGGAGCCAAAUCUUGGGGCCCAACGGGGAACUUCUGAUCCCUGAUCGGCCAGACGGGAAGUCACUGGUGGCUAAAGCACUGGCUGGCGAGAAAAGGCGAUUCGUCCUAAGGUUUAAGAAGCACACGCAGCGUUCAGAGCCAACUCAGUACGUCGCCUGCUUGGUGGAGGGUUCGUUGCGCAAGUCGGACGGCGCCUGCCGCGGCAACAACCGCUGUUGCCAGAUGGUCCGCCGCGCGCGCGCCAGGGGCGACAACCCGUGCUCCAGCGGCAAUGACGUCGUAUUCAUCGGCAUCGUGCGUCCCACAGUGGAGACGUUCAAGAAGGAGCAACAUUUGGAGCAGUUCCGUAUGGAGUACCGCACUCGUCACUCCAUCGACGGGCAGAUCAUACAGUGCGAGCAGCGCAUCGGCCUGGUGACCGGGUACAUGACGGACGAGGUGCAGGGCGUCAAUGCUAUGAACUUCAUGCACCGUGAUGACGUGCGCUGGGUCAUCAUAGCUCUGCGGGAAAUGUACGACCAGCACCGCCUCUACGGCGAGUCGUGUUACCGCCUCAUGAUGAAGAACGGCCAGUUCAUCUACAUGAGGACCAGGGGCGCUCUCGAGGUGGAGAGCGGCACCAAGGCGGUGACCAGCUUUGUAUGCACGAACACCAUGAUGAGCCCGGAUGAGGGUCAGCACCUCAUCAAGAUGAUGAAGAAGAAGUUCACCAUGCUCGUCAAUAACAACCAGGAGCCGCCACAGGAGCCUGAGGUCACUGACACAAACGACGAUUCAAUACCGGUUGAAGAUCCGAAACAGCUCGAGAAGGUCAUCCUCCACCUGGUGACCAACUUACCUUCGCCCCAGCCCGACGAGAAGGACCACAGCUUGUCGCCCGAGAGAGAUGGCCCCCACGUUCACUUGGCCAUAAUACCACCCCGCAAAGAGCGCAUCGUGAUGGGUAUAGAGAAAAUAUACACCGUCAUUAAAAAUUUCAACAAUCCCAACAUUGACGAACAUGUUGACGUUAAGCGUAUAAGAGCUUCUAGCGUAGAGGCAACUACGCCUUCCCAUGAUACUCCCUGUUUCGAGGAUGCAUCACCGGAAAAAGCCCCCGCGACACUUCCUACAAUCUCGACUAUCACCAAUAAACAUUACCGCACUCAAACAAACUUGAACGACUUUGGAGAAAUAUUUCAGAACCUUAAACCAGCUCUGGCAAAUAUAGAAGAAAGCCGUGAAGUAAAAACACCAACGUCCUUCGCUGAAUAUAUAGUUAAACAACCUAACAAACAUACCAAGUUUAAUUUCACAAAAACGCAAAAAGUUUUCGAAAUUGUAAACCUGGAAGAGCCCGGUUCUAGUUUUAGCGUCAUUGGAACGAAACGCUCUAUGGAAUUUUCUGCUGAAGACGAUUUUUCGAAAAAGAAGUCUGCUCAGAACGAACCCGAGGAAGCAGUAAAUGGACGCAGCUCUCCAACGUUAGAGAGUUUCUUCAAUGAUGCCAUUCUAAAUACACAAAUUUCCCAGCUUGAUGAUGCCCUGAUAUCUUUGGAAGAUACAAUCGAUCCAUUCCCUGAUCUUUUGAUAUCUCAGGAUGUACAAGAUAUAUUGGGUGGCCUAGACCCGGACGAGCAGCCUGAGCCAAAUUAAAAAUAAACCGUUCAGCCAAGCUGCGAUACCAACCGGAUCUCCUGUAAAUAUGACGCCAGUUACAAGUGAAAUCAUAUUUUACGUGAAAGAAACCAAUUUAUGAGUGGAGCUUGGAUAUUGAAUACCUAUACGGCACCCACAUACCAAACUCUCUGGAAGACCGUAACCUGACGAGGCGGUGUAUGUAAUACAAAGAAACAAUAACUGAAAUUGUAUAAUAUGAAGUACGUAGUUGAGUGUAAGUAGUUAGGUGUAGAUUAUGUAUGGAACUCAUAUUUUCUACUGAAGUUAUAUAUAGAUAAGUAAGUAUGAAUUUUAAUGUUAAAGAGUAUAUUUUUAAUCUAAAUGAUGGGUAGUUUUUGAUAUAAAGAGUAAAGUGAAUGUGUAGUAGUAAUGUAGGUCCCCAGAAUCCGUUAGUAGCAUAACUUCGUGAACGGGUAUACUUUGCCAUAAGGUUAGCAUUAAGUAUUUCGACAACCCAUGAGUGAACUUUGCACAUACAUACUUAUAUGUAUAGGAUAUGGACGACUGUAUCAUGACACACAUAUUAAAUACUUACACUGUGGUAAAGUACGUACUUGUUAUUAUAAUUGUAAUCGUAACUUAAUGUCCAAUUUACGCGUAGUAUGGAUACUAAUUUCAUUUUCUUGGCAUGUACACAGGAAGUAGAUUAUUUUAUAGGUGUCUAAUGGAUUUUGAUUAAUGAGUUCAUAGUUAUGAAAGAAAAACUUGUUUACUUUAAUUUCAUUAGUUUUGUAAGUAUUGCGUAUGUAGGUUACGAUAACAUUUUUUUAUAGUUUUUUGAUGAUGAGAAAAUGAAAAUUUCCUUGCAUUGUGGUGUAAAUAAAAAUCUCGAUACCAAUGCUACUUACCUAGUAAAUACUACUCGUACGUUGUAGGGACGUUACGCAAAAUUUCCCUUAUGACUCGCACAUGGCGCAUUGUAACCCGCGCAAGUUGAGGCCCAGGCUACAUACGCAAACAGCAUGCUUCAUUUACUUGCCUAUGCGUUGUGUAUAUCAUGCAUAUAACUAGCGCAAGUUACUAGCACAAAUGGUACGCGCAUGCUGUUCAUAUUCACCCGCGUUUUUACUCAUUUCAGCCACGCUGGUGACGUGGAUUAUUUGUGGGUGUAGGCUCAAAAGUUCGUAGACCCACACAAAACUUUACAUAUCUUUGUUCAUAACUCAUAACAUAACCUACUUAUAACCUGCGCGGGUUGCGUGCGCUAUUUAUGAGUAAAAGUAGGUUGUUAACCAAGGGACGUAGGACACCCACGAGGAUUCCUAGUCUAUGCCCACUGCUGACGGGUUAUUUUGGCGCUCAAACGAAGUCACAAUGGUUGCCUUUCAGUCAGGGUGGAAAAGGGAUAGGAGCUUGAAAGUUGCGCCAAAAAAAAAAGAAAACUUCCACUCAGUAGUGUGUUCAAAUAACACAAAGAAAUUAUUUUCUAAGUAAAACACGUGCGAGUCUUAUUCAACUUAGAAAAAGUAUUACUCUUUAUUUACUCAAGCAUGUAGGUAAUCGAAUCUGCGAGCGGUUAAAGGUGAAGUGUAGCUGAACGUAAGUAGGUUACUAUUUAGUAACACUUAGUAUCGACAUAUGAUCUCAAACCUUCCAGUGUACGACAAAUUAUCAUUUAUUCUAUUAGAUGGGGAACAUUAUACAUUUAUUAAUUGGGAAACAUUAUUAAAAGCUUUAUUUUGAAGUACACAGACUCGUGAAAUAUUAGAUCCUAUACGUACAUAAAUUUUACCUUCAUGUUUAUAGGUACUAAUAUCCAGAAUUAGAAAAGAGUAAAUUGUAUACUUCGUUUUUGUAGCAUUAAACAGAAAAAAGUAAACAAUUUUAGGUAGAAAAAAGUAAAUUAGAAGUAAAGCAACAAAUAAAAAAAUCUAUGAUUUGUAAGUAUAGCAACCACGUAAAUAAAAAUAGUUACUCUUCAAGUUAUGAAAUGACAACGUGUGGCCAUGUCAUCAUUAAUGUCUAAUUUAAAUUAUCUAUUUCAAAUUCUCCCCAUCUACUUUAAAAUACACAACUCUAGGUAAGUAUAGAGAAUAGGGUAUUUACUCGUUUAAGGGGGGUGAUUUCGUUUAGAAUAUGUUUUUUUCUGAAUUUGUCUAUGUAAUGAUAUCGUAGGAACACAGUCACCACCAAUUAAUUCGAAUUAUCUAACAGCUUUACAAAAAGCAGUAAUACCAUUAAUGUGGAGCAGAUACUUUUGAACUCGAACUGAAGAGAUAUAUUUCUAAUUAUAAGUAAAAGUAUUUUAUUGUGGCAGAAUAGUUUUGGCACGUUGUGUUAUCCGCUACUAUUGAAGUUGACAGUGCAGUCAAAAUGAAACACCGUGAUCAUGAUCAAACACGCACUGGUUAUAAUCUAUCAAUCGUAUAUUGUAAACGUUUGCCAUUAAUAUUCGUAUGAGUGAAUUUAUUUGCGAAUAUAUUUACCAGUUGCCAAACGAUGUUAAAUAUAUAGCAUUGUACCACUUGUCGCAAAUAAGUUUAGUAUGCAUUACAGGUUUUUGAUUAGUUUUGCAAUUUAUUUUGAUUCAGUAGAAGUGAACUUUUAGGUACCAUCACGCUCCGCGAUUGUUGCCCCAUUUAGGGUCCUAGCUAAAUUGGUUGUUCACUACGCUAUAGAAUUUCCAAUUUAGCAAGAAUCCCGAAUGGCAUAACAAUCCCGUGUGGCGACUGUACAAUUGUACAUACCAUACACGUUAUCUGAAAAGCAAAGUUGUUCGUAGGUAUAAUUAUAGAUAGGUGUUAAUUAUUGACAAAUAAAAAAUAUGGGCUUAACAUGGCUGAAUAAAUAUUUU